AUGGUAACAAGUUUUCUGCUGGUCUUCAGCUGCUUGGUGUUGUCUGUUUUCUCCACCAUCCCCGACCAUCAGAAGUUCGCCAACCAAAGCCUCUUCAUCCUGGAGUUUGUGAUGAUUGUAGUGUUUGGGUUGGAGUACUUCAUCAGGAUCUGGGCGGCUGGCUGCUGCUGCCGAUACCGUGGAUGGCAGGGACGGCUGAGAUUUGCCAGGAAGCCCUUCUGUGUCAUAGACUUCAUAGUGUUUGUGGCAUCGUUGGCAGUGAUCGCUGCAGGCACACAGGGUAACAUCUUUGCCACCUCAGCCCUGCGGAGCAUGCGCUUCCUGCAGAUUUUGCGCAUGGUGCGUAUGGACCGAAGGGGGGGAACCUGGAAACUACUGGGCUCAGUGGUUUACGCUCACAGCAAGGAGUUGAUUACAGCCUGGUACAUCGGUUUCCUGGUCCUUAUCUUCGCCUCCUUCCUCGUUUACCUGGCAGAGAAAGACGUCAAUUCAGAGUUCAACACCUAUGCAGACUCCCUCUGGUGGGGGACUAUUACUCUCACUACUAUUGGCUAUGGUGAUAAGACCCCUCGUACGUGGCAGGGACGGCUCCUGGCUGCAGGCUUUGCUCUUCUGGGAGUCUCCUUCUUUGCCCUGCCGGCUGGAAUUCUGGGGUCAGGUUUUGCCUUGAAGGUUCAGGAGCAGCACAGACAGAAGCACUUUGAGAAGAGGAGGAUGCCUGCUGCCAACCUGAUACAGGCCGCGUGGCGUCUCUACUCCACAGAUGCCAAACACUCCUAUCUCACAGCGACUUGGUACUUCUACGACAGCAUGUUGCCUUCGUUCAGAGAACUGACUCUACUGUUCAGUCACCUCCAGCGACAGCGUAACACCAAGAAGGUUCUCCACAACUCCUACCACACGCUGCUGUCUGGGCUGCGGCCCUACAGCUCCCCCUACCUUUCGGGGGACAGCAGUAAAAUGGGCUUCCGGGAUCGUAUCAGAAUGAACAAUUCUCGAUCAUCCCAAACUAUUCGGAACAAGGCAUCGCCGCUGCCCCCGGGCUCCGGGGUCCGACGCUCUCCCAGCCAGGAGAAUGUACCAGAGGCCACUAGUCCGGGGAAGGUCCAGAAGAGCUGGAGCUUUAAUGACCGCACACGCUUCCGCACCUCACUUCGCCUCAAACCACGACCUCCUGCUGACGUGGAGGGGGUCGGGGAGGACAGCGUGGAAGACAAACCAUAUUGUGACGUUGCAAUGGAGGAGGUUAUCCCAGCCGUGAAGACACUUAUACGAGCUGUCAGGAUCUUGAAGUUCCUCGUGGCCAAGAGGAAGUUCAAGGAGACACUGCGUCCGUACGAUGUGAAGGACGUCAUAGAGCAGUACUCUGCGGGACACCUGGACAUGCUGGGCCGCAUCAAGAGUCUGCAGAUGAGGGUGGACCAGAUAAUUGGACGAGGAGCUGUUCAGCCCGACAAGAAGACACGCCCUGAGAAAGGAGAAAAGACACCGCCAGAACUGGAUCCACUGGAUGAGCUAAGCAUGAUGGGACGUGUAGUCAAAGUGGAGAAACAGGUUCAGUCCAUAGAGAACAAGCUGGACCUCCUGCUCAAUUUCUACUCCCAGUGCCUAAAGAAAGGCUCGUCCAACUUCACCUUGUCCUCCCUCCUGGACCCAGACCUCACCUCCGACUACCACAGCCCCACGGACCAAAGAGACCUCUUCCCCUCCGCCACCACGCUCGACAUCUCACGGUCCGAUAUCGGCAACUUGGAAUGACACUGAUCCAGACAGAGGCCUCCACAUGGCCUCAACCAAGCUGCUCACCGGACACCCCUCUCGACCCACUUGACGAGGACGGGGAUACGGAGAGGAGCACGUGAACCAUGAUUACUUGACUACUGAACCACUUUCACCCGCUCACCCCAUGCUUUCUAUUGACGCCAACUUUUUAUGCUUCAGCUGUAGAUAAUCCGACUUUGAGCGUUACAGUUUUGUAAAUUUUUGGAGAAAUCUUAUCUCUCAUCAUUUCAGUUUUUUUUUCUUUGUUGGCCGCUUAAACCAACUGACGGAGAGUUUUCUGACUUUGCUGCAAGUGUGGUGCAGCACCACAGGAUAACGUCACUAUUCUGUGAUGGGUACGACCUGUAAACUUUCCAUUCACCCUACCAUAACAACAAAUGUAUAACUAGAAGAGCCUUUCUAACGUGAAAUAAUCUGCUCUCUUGGACGGGCAGACUGGGUGGAGAGCCACCUCGCCAAAGCACCAAACCUCCAUGGUUGCCCUCCCCACCCAGACGGUGGAGCUUUAAAUGUGCAAACCCUGCUUUUAUCGCCCAAACCUGUCACGUGAAAACAGCCGGAUGAAUGUGUUGGAUUGACUCACGUGUACAGUUUGUUUUGACCUUCAUUCCUUCUCUGAGAAAUUCUGUCUCCAACAAGCCCACUUGCAAAAAAGACGUUUUGCUUGCAUUCAAGGGAGGAUUUCAUGGAGCCAAAAUGUCCUUUAAUGGCUCUGAAAUCCCUCCUUUGCAAUGUUUAAAAGGCUUCUGUUCCUCUUUAAGUGCUCCCGUAACCUGAGUUUGUUUUUUAUAAAAUGCCUUGUAAAGCUCUCUGUCUUGCUGCCCACCCUCCAAACAUGCAUGUUCCCUCUGAUGAGUCCUGUAGAUAAAACCUCACCGAUCCUCUGUCAGAAUUUCCGACGUCUGACACAUUUUCUGCACAGCUCCUCGCAAUGCACAUCGAGCCUCAGGUCAGGUUUUACCACGCCCUCCGGUUCAGGUGGUCAUUUGUACUUCACAUCCUCUCUCCCUGGAGGCUCCUCCUCGUCCAUGCUGCAUUCACUUGCAGAGACAUUACGGCCAGUUUUGGAGCAGUUGUUACACAGCGAACAACCUGUUAAGUGUUUGGGUCAUAUGAAUUCCAGGCCUUUAACCUCAUGAACGCUUGUCUCUUAGGAAACGGUUCGAGCCUCACAGCUUCAGUACGAACAGACAGCGUGCAGCAGGGUUGAGCUCCAGCCAUCACUUAUAGGUGUUACUGUCAUUGCCAAUCCACUGUACUGUCUCCUGUCUUUUCUUUCUCGGAGAUGUUUGAUGCACAGAAAAUGCUCUGUGCUCGUGGACAAAACUGGAGACACACACACGAAAUGAAGACAAUUUCUUUACUUAAGUACUUUGGCACUUGAAAAUAACACAUUUUAUGUAUAAAAUCAUCAUUUAUUUUUGAUUUCCUUGAUGUAAUUAUGUUCAUGCACUUAUUUUUGUGUAACCUACAAUAGCAAAUAUUUUUUAAAUGAUUUUUGUGUUUGAUAAAGUGAAUGUAGGGUUUAAUUUAACAAACUGAAUUCAGUUAGAUGCGAUUUUUAAAUAAAUAUAAUCAUGGAUGACACAACUGUAACAUGCAGCGGAUCAGGUUCACACACGACUCACAAAAGCUCUUUUUGAGCUCAUCAUUUUCUUUUUGGUGUCGGUAGAUUCAAAUAAGAAAACACUCACUCAUACUGUAUUUGGCUAGGGAAAAUACUUUUUGUUCCUGAAGGUGAUUCAUGUAUUUCAGUCAAGCCAGUUGACUCAGGUGCUCCACUUCUCCAUUCAAGCCAAGCUCAGACUUCAAACAGUGAAUGUACUUCAUGGCUCCAUCUUUUUAUGAUCUCCUGCUCUCUCUGCCAUGAGGAACAAAGUGGCAUCUUUAACUCUUUGCGUUCGUUUUGAAUAGAAACGUUAGGUACGUGGUUUCAUUCUUUGGCCUAAAUGAUAAGAGAUGCCUCGUUAUUAGAGGCGUCGUCACACUGUCACUUCAUCGUCACCUGGAAUGUUGAUCUUUUUAAAAAAUGUCUGUGAGACCACUGUAUUGCAUGUUGUUGUUAGUGGCGGCCCCAGUAUUAGAAAAAAGUAAUAAUAAUUAAGGAUGUCUUCUGUAGAGUCUUGAGUCAAACAUGAAAGGAAAUGACUUGUGCCUUCUAUGUCCUUGUUCUGUAACUGAUACGUUGCGGCUUUCUAUCUCAAACGUAAAAUAUCAGUGCUGCUUCCAAGACCACAGUGUUUCAUUGAGAUAUCAGCCCCAUGACGACAGCCAUGCCUUUUUUGUUUUGCAAAGAAAAUGUUUAAAAUCAUCAAAAUUAUUAUGAACACAUAGUUUUCAAGGGUGUUCGCCUUUUAUGAGGAACUUUAAUAUUUUCAGAGAAUAUUUACUGUAUGUUUAACGUAUCAUCGCAACUAACCCAGGACCUAGCAUCGACGUCCUUACUGUGUUUGAACAUUUGUCAGAUUUGGAGGCACGGGCAUUUCUAUCACCGCAGGAAAUUCUGCAGGCAUGUCUCCUUUCGUAAUAAGCACGUCACGUAGAUCUGAAUGGCUUCCACACAACUACCUCUGAGGCCACUAGGGGGCACUAGUCUAGGAAACCAAGUAUGAGAAGCAGUAACCGAUUGUCCAAGUGACUGAAUUCUAUGCAUGACUCAAAUGUGCACGUUCUCUCUUCUCGUUUCACUCUGUUCUUGACGUCUUCACCGUCCAUUGUUCACUGACUUGCUGCCAUUUGACAUUCCAGCUCGUUGCCCUUUAACUGCUCUCUUAGGUGUUGGAGCUGUUGUUGAAAACAAAACUCGAACUGAUCGAAGCAAUAAGCAAAAUGCUAAACUAACAAAGUCUUCCAAUUCCAAUUGAUGUAGCUACAUGGUUAAUGACACAUGGCGCUUAUCUUAUUUUCUAAUCUAAUGCACACCUCUGUUUGAUCUUUUGAAGAGAUACAAAGAUGUGUAUCUGCGGAGGAUAAAAUUAGCUAACUUGACUAACUUAUUAAUUUAUUUGUUUCAAUAAAGCUAUUUGACUGUA